CAGGAGGAGAGAGCGGAAAGCCAAGACAGUGAGACAGAGAGAGACAGAGAGAGAGGUGGUGGGGGGGAACAGCUGCAAGCGGAUACCCAACAUCAACAAGCUGCAUGAGGCAUCAGUAAAGAAGAAGGAGGAGGACAGAGAGGGGGUUCCUGUGCGUGUUUUUGCCAAGAACAAGAGGCGUGGAGCUCGCAAGAAUAUCCUACAAGUGGCGAAGCGAUGCGUUAGCGGCUGAAUUUCUUCCCAGCACGCCCGCCCCGCAACGACACUGUUUUUAUUCCGAGGAGCGAGCGAAAUCAAACAUCUGUGGACGCUUUGACGGUGAGGGGGGAGAGAGAUGGCUGUUUUCCGGCUGUCGCUGCUGCUGCAUGUGGGAUUUGUGAUCGGAUCAAACCACAAAUACGCGCAAUGGUCAGCGCACGGGGAAGAUGCGAGAGCACGGGAGGCUCAGACGCACAGUCGGCAGCUGGUAGCGCAUCUCCGUGCGCCUCAGCAUCCUCCUCCUCCUCCUCAUCCUCAUCCUCUCGGAGGGGAGCUGCCGCAGAAAAUAGAGGAGCAUCUCCCCAGGGUGGUCACGGCUUUUCUGCACACGGGCGACUCGACCACCUUAAAGCACGCCAACUGCUCGCGGAGGUACGAGCUCACCUCUCUGCGGGGAAGGUCACGAGUCACCCCGCAUCACUCCAUGAGCAGCGUGUUGGAUACGGUGCUGCACGCCACAAACUUCCUCAACAUGAUCCUGCAAGCCAACAGGUCCAGGGAGCAGAGUCUCCGGCGAGACAUUGAGUGGUACCAUGCCUUAGUGAGGAGUAUACUGGAGGGUGACGCCAAGAUCCACCGGGCUGUUGUGACUUUUAGUGCGGAUUCAUCCGUGGAGGGGGCCUCGGUGCUUCUCCAAGCAACCAGGGCCGGUGGAGAGAUAGUCCUCCAAGAUCUCUCCAGCAUGGCCCAGCAUCACCUGCACAACCGCACCGCAGACACAGAGUGGUACCACGAUGUGAAAGACAAGAAGAAGCCCAGUUUCAAAAAGAGGGUGCUGAGUCAAGAUUUCAGAUCAGUUGACAAUUCUUUGAAAAGAGGAGAGAGUUUUAUCCCGGACAAGACCCACGUCAAAUGGUCUGCGCCCUACCUGGAGUGUGAGAAUGGGAAUUUUGUCCCCCGUUGGCUUUUGACCUUAUCGGCUGCUUUCUAUGGCCUGAAACCCAACCUGGCUCCUGAAUUCAGGGGCGUGGUGCGUGUUGACAUUAAUCUACAGGAUGUUGAUAUCGACCAGUGCUCCACUGACGGCUGGUUUGCUGGAACCCAUCGAUGCAAUACGACCACUAUGGAGUGUUUGCCAAUCCACGGUCACGGGUUUGUCUUGGACAAGUACAAGUGCCACUGCAAGAAAGGAUUCUACCACCACAACAGAGUAGCUGUCAAUGGCUUCACGGGGAUGGGUAGAAAGGGAAAAGCUGCCGACAGCGGUCCCAAUGCGGACGAGGGGUCCUCCAGCGACUGCAUGCCGUGCCAGCAGGGCUGCGCCUACUGCAAGGACGACACCCCCUGUGUGGCCCGAGAGGACGGCGCUCUACGCAUGGCCGUGCUCUCCUUCCAGUGCCUCUGCUUGCUGAUCGUCUUUGUCAGCAUGGUGCUCAUCUACCACUUUCGCAGGAAUAAGAGUAUCAGAGCAUCAGGUCUAGUCCUACUGGAGGCCAUCCUGUGUGGAGCUCUGCUUCUCUACUUUCCGGUCGGGAUUCUCUAUUUCCAGCCGAGUGUUUUCCGCUGCAUCCUGCUGCGAUGGGUUCGACUGCUCGGCUUCGCUACCGUCUACGGGACUCUGACUCUUAAGUUGUACAGGGUGCUGAAGGUGUUCCUCUCCCGCACAGCCCAGAGGAUCCCCUAUAUGACCAGCUGGCGAGUGUUGCGUCUGCUGGGCAUCAUCCUGCUCAUCGUCUGCUGGUUCCUGGUGGCUUGGACAUCUGCCGUCUGUCAGAACCCGGACAGGAAGUUGGCUCUCAUCGAUGUGGGCUACACGCCCAAUGGGCUGCAGUUCAGCAUGUGCCUGUUGGAUCGCUGGGACUACAUGAUGGCUGUCGCUGAGUUCCUCUUCCUGCUGUGGGCCGUCUACCUGUGUUACGCCGUGAGGACGGUGCCCUCGGCCUUUCACGAGCCUCGCUACAUGGCCAUCGCUGUUCACAACGAGCUUGUCCUGUCAGCAAUAUUCUACGUGAUCAGGUUCACUCUUGCUCCGGAGCUCCAUCCAGACUGGAUGCUGCUACUGUUUUUCACCCACACCCACUUAACUGUAACAGUAACACUGGGUCUACUACUCAUCCCUAAGUUCCUGUUUGCCGGCACCCACAUGAGAGAUGAUAUAGCCUCGGAGGCCUAUGAGGACGAAUUGGACAUGGGUCGUUCUGGGUCGUACCUCAACAGCAGCAUCACAUCUGCGUGGAGUGAACACAGUCUGGAUCCUGAGGAUAUUCGGACACCUGACGAAACGGGCCAUCUCAGUUCUAUUAAUGGCUGUGGCGUAAGGUCUAGCGACAGUCUUUGGGAAAAACGUACCAACGAGGAGCUGAAGAAACUCUAUUCCCAAUUGGAGAUUUACAAGAGGAAAAAGAUGCUGGCAAACAACCCUCAUCUCCAGAAGAAGCGGAGCUCCAAGAAAGGGUUGGGUCGCUCGCUGAUGAGGCGCAUCACUGAGAUCCCAGAGUCCGUGCACCGGCAAUGCAGCCGCGAAGACAAGGAGGCUGGAGAACACGGGAGCAACCGUAACAGCAUCUGCAUGUUGAAGAAAAACCCCUUUGAUCCACCUCACUCAGGAAAGCCAGCGAAGGAGGAGACGCUCAAGAACAAGGUUUUCUCUCUCAAGAAGUCCCACAGCAGCUACGACCACGUCCGCGACCAGAGCGAAGACUCCAGCAGCUCAGCGACAGACAAAAUGGAGGUGACCCCCGCUGAAGGUUCACUCCUGGACACACUUAUGGGCAAGAAGUUGGUCAAGAAGAAGUCCAGUGAGAAUAUAAAUGCCCCCAGUGAAUCGACGGAAUCAGUUCCUUUGGUCUGCAAGUCAGCAAGCGCCCAUAACCUCACUGCAGACAAGAAACCACUUCAUCCUAGAGCCUCCAUGCUGCAGAAGUCCCUCAGUGUCAUUGCCAGUGCCAAAGAGAAGACUUUAGGCUUGACGGGAAAGACCCAGAGCACAGAGGACAGCAAUAAGAAGAGUCAGCCAAAGAGCAAGGACACAAGGGCCAAUGCAGAGCCAGAAAAUGAAUGCCAACUCAAGAUGAUUAUGAGCCAGUCAGUUGAGUACAAACAAAGUGCGGCAAAAGGCAGGAUCAUGAAGCAGCCAGUGGGUGGCAGCCAGCCAACAAUCUGCUCUGAUCCAGUCAAGGGAAAAGACCUCUACGAUCUCUCUGAAGUGUGUCCCUGGGAAGUGGAGGAUCUCCCAACUCCGUCUGAAAACAAAGUCCAAAAGCAUGUAUCCAUAGCACCAAAGGAAACCACAACGGUUCAUGGAGGUAGCACCAAGGGAAGCAAAUCUCAGCAACACAAGCAGAAAGCCUCUGAUCAAUCCCCGUCGAGUAGCAGGCACUCAAAGGAAAUUCAGAGGACAACCGCCGUAAGAGCAGAUGUAUGUCCAUGGGAAGAUGGAGGUGAAAGUCAAGGCAGUCAAGUAGAAGGGUCAAAGCAACAAAUAUACAGUCAGACAAGCAAGCCUGCCAAGACCCAGCAGCCUCAUUCUGCAUCAGAGAGCGCCAAAACACAUCGGGUAGAUGUUUGUCCAUGGGACUUUGAGGAGGUCCAAAAGACAACAGAGUUAGCUCAUUCACCAGAUAUGACAAAACCAAGAAAAGGCAGCUCUCCUGUGGAUGGGAAAGGGAGAAGUGGCCUCUCGCUCCAGCCACCAUCUACAAAAAUAGACGUAUGUCCUUGGGACUAUGACAGCACUGCUGUAUCUCCAAAUUCUGGGCAGAGGACACCUAGUCCUUCUCGAGCACCCAAAACCAAGGAAUCGCCAUCAAAAAAGAAGGCCUCACCUUCGACAAGAACAGUUGAGAAAGAGAAAUCAAAAGACGCUGAUGAGGAGAAAAGUAGAACAAAAGCUAAGGACAAGAGUAAAUCUUCAGAAAAACACGCGAGCCAACAAAAAAUGGCUGAGGUAUGCCCGUGGGACGUAGAGAGUCUUCCGGAAGUGGCAGUGGUAGAAAAAAGGAAAAGCGCGAAUGUUGGAGCAGCCAAAGCAAAGCCGGCUGAAGUCUGCCCAUGGGAUUUUGAGGAUACGUCAGAUAAAAAAGGUACAGACAAAAGUGCUUCUGUAGUCAAACAGAGCAAUCCAAAUCCUAAAGGCGGGGUCGUAAGUGCUGCUAAAAAGGCAGAUGUUUGUCCCUGGGACUUCGACGAGAGCACAUCGAGCAAGAAGGCAUGACACCCAACCUUAAUGGACCACUGAAAUUAUAGUUAUUGAUGUGUACUUUUUUUCACUUUGAAAUCGUUAAAUAUUACCUUUUACUAUUAGUGCGGUGACUUGGAAGAAAAAGUUGAUCAAGUUCCACAAGUUGCCUUCCUUUCCGAGGUUUUGUUCCUGUUUUACCUAUUUUAAAAAUAAGUAAAAUGUACAAAAAAAAAAAACAAAGUCAAGAUGAGCAUUCCAGAUUAUUACAGGAAAGUCCUGAAGAUAAAUCUUAGACUAAUUAUGCAACUUUUGAUUCAGCCUUUUCACUUCAUGAGCAAUGUUGAAAAUGGUCAUGUUCUGGAUUCAGUCAACAAUUCUUACAUAGUUUUUUUUUUUCUUGUGCAUUAACGUCAUCACUUAACGGACUAGGAAACAACAACAAGGAGAUGUAGAGAAAAGUGAUAUCAAGGUACGAAACAGCAAAAGUGAAAGCCAAAGAAUAAGGGAACAUUUGCAAAAGAGGGAUGUUGGUUCUUAGGGCGGUAUGUUAAAUUAAUUUAUUAGUUCGUGUCCAACUCUUGGCACUCAGUGAGGAAAUUAGUCUGUAGCACUUUAGCCAACUCCAUAAAUUAAGAACAGAGGACAGACUCUGUUCUUCUUGUACAUUUUGUCUUAUUUUAAACCUUAUGGCACGAUGUUACACAGGAUAUCAUAUACCAACCAAACUUAGUUUCUUUUGUUCUUUGGUUUAGAUCUAUUUAAUUGUAGUUCUCGGCAGAUUAAAAUGCUUCCAAGUCUGCGGAGAUGUACUGUAUGUGCCUAACUAACUAGCAUUGUCUUGUAUCAGUCUGAAGUGAAGCAAGUGGCUUCACCUUCAGCAUUUUGUGACGGUGAAUUAUAUAAACAGCAUGCACAGCCAGGUAUCGAGAGUAGUUGGACCCUACCGGUUAGUCAACUAAACCAGUAAACGUGUUGACGAAUAUAUAAUAGUUCCUUUUUUUUGUAUACCAGAGUCACUCCUUUUCCUGCUUUCAUAUUCCCAAAAGCUCAAUCAGGGUGGUGAAGAUGAUAUGAGAGCAGCAUUAACAUGAACCUGUGUUAAAGCGGCUCACGUGUACACUGUAAAAAGUAGAGAUAGAAAACAUACUGGGUGGGUCGGGGAGGGAGACGCUAAGGAAAUCAUUUGCACCAGCUUUGUUUUUGAAUCCAGCAUGGGUCUUUGUGUUGGCUUGCACCAUGUUUGUGUGUUUGUGUGUGUAUAUAUGUGUGUCUGUGGACACAAUAUCAUGAAUUUAAAAAGUAGAAAUGUAACAGUUGAACCUCUGGAGUCUCAAACACCAAAACUAAAAGUCGAGCAGGUCACCGGACCGGUUUCAUUUUACAAACAUCUGAUUGAACCUGCUGCUUAAAGGAUAAUAUUGGUUUAUUGUAACUUGGGUAUAUAUAUAUUUUUAGUUUUGGCCAUUAUUCUAAUCCAUAACAAUAAUAUUGUACUUGCUGAAAACAGACAUCACUACAACUAAGUCUAAUGCCCAACAUCAAUCACAGCUUACAGACCAACUUUCUGUGCAUUGAGGUGUUAAUAUAGUGUUAUAAUCAGACUGAACAUUCAUUCAGAUUGAUAUAGUUGUCAUUAGCCAGCUUCUGUUUGAUAGGGGUCAAUUAUCCUCACCAAUCAGUAGAUCGGAGUCUAGAAGGAGAACAUUUUUCACACAAAAGUAUGGAAAAUAGUUGUUGCAUCACUAUUCUGAGCCAAAAAUACCUUCUCUCCUAGCACCACCAACAACUGGACAUGACAAAUCGACUCCUUUAACAAUUGUCACAAGCACUUAUUGCUGCACUAAUGCUUCUUAUCGCACUGUACCUUGAUUGUUCCCUUCUCUGUACGUCGCUUUGGAUAAAAAUGUCUGCUAAAUGACUAAAUGUAAAAGCUCUAAUUGGUUUAAACCACAAAACCAGACACCAUGAAUUUCUCAAUAAAUUGUAGAUGUAGGUGGCGAUUCAGAGACCUGGGACCAAUCUAGGAUUUUGGGUGCACUCACUAUUGAUUUUAUUGUGAAAUAAAGUGGUUUACGUAACCUAAAGCUAGCGUUUUACAAACUGUCUGGUCACCAAUCAUGUUUCUUGUCUUGUCAGACUUUGUUGUAGGGAUGUCGCCUUGUUUCCAGAUCUUGGAAAUCACUUUUGUGAGUACAGUAUUAUCAUAAAUGAUACAAACAAUGGCCAUAACUACAAAAAUACAAAGUUUUUUACAAAGCAGGACUACCCUUUAAUAUUUACAAAUAAUAUUAAUGCUUAUACUUUAAUAUUUUGAUGAAUAUUAAACUGCCAUUAGUUUUUAGUUCCUGUACUGAAAGUUAAUGCACGUUCUUCCCAGUUUAAUAAAAGUAGACUAAAGCCCAACUGAUUAAUUGAACUGCUCAUUUCAGAAUUAGGCUUAGCAACGUGUUUAUCAAUGGAAAAAAAUCCGACUAAACCUUUUAAAGGUUUUGAUUUGUUCAGUGUUUUGUAUCAAAAUGUCUAAAUAUUCAUCAUGCACCAUUCAUCCUGGGAUUACAGCGAGAAAAAGAAGAAGAAACUUACAUUUAACUGUUGAACACCUGACAGUAAUUGCAGUCGUGAGGAAAACUAUGUAUCAAUAUAGCAUCUACAGUACUUUAUGGUAUCUUGUGAGAAUUACAUGGUAUCACUGAAUGUUGUCACUGAUUGUAAUUAUCUAUAAUUGCUGUCAAAUUCCUCAGUAUCCCAGCUCUGUAGGAGUCCUUACUAAUCGUGGUAAAAAAAAA